CAGCAUGAACCGUCCAGGGGUGGUCCCUGCCUUCUUCAGGACCCCCACAGUGAUCCCACCCCCCCUGGACAUGAAACAGUUCCUGCAGUUCCCAAUGGACACAGCUCCACCACAACACAGCAUGGGCCUCUUCCACAACUUCAACACCAACAGUUACUCAACAAUGGACCCGGUACAGAAGGCAGUGAUGAACCACACCUUCGGCCCCCCCAUGAUGAAGACCAAACGACCCAUCAUCUCCUGCAAUGUCUGCCAGAUCCGCUUCAACUCAGAAAGUCAGGCAGAGGCCCACUAUAAGGGGAACCGCCAUGCUCGGAGGGUAAAAGGCAUUGAGACCUCCAAGACUCGCCCCCAGGAGGGUGACAAGCUGGCCACUCUCCCCACAGCCGCCCCCUCUCCACCAGGCCCCUCACCAUCCAGCCCAGGCCCUAACCCUAGCAAACAGGAUGACGUCCAGUCCCGCCCACAUUCAAACGGCUCAGACAUGACACCCAGCCCCAUCCCCAUGUCGGUCCAAGACACCUCCCUGCUCCCUGUGUGUCCAUCCCUGCCCCCUUUGAGUACACCUACGCCCACUACCUCCACCUCCAUCCCCUCCCUGGCCCUUUGUGCCCCCCAGGUGGACACCCCCAUGGCGGGCCCCCCUGACACCCUGACCCCGGCCCCCAGCCUCUUUUCAGAGGAGUCUGAGGAGGACAAGGCCAAGAAGCUGCUCUACUGCUCACUGUGCAAAGUGGCCGUCAACUCCCUCUCUCAGCUAGAGGCGCACAACAAAGGUACCAAACACAAAACCAUCCUGGAGGCAUGGAGUGGGCUGGGCCCCAUAAAAACCUACCCUCGGCUGGGCCCUAACCUGAGCCCAGACCAGGCAGGGGGGCUGCCCUCGGACCACAACACUCAGGAACGCACCUUCCACUGUGAGAUCUGCAACGUGAGAGUGAACUCUGAGCUGCAGCUCAAACAGCAUAUAUCCAGUCGAAGGCAUCGGGAUGGAGUCGCAGGGAAGCCCAAUCCCCUCCUUAGCCGGCAUAAGAAUCGCACAGACUUUGUGUCAUCCUUGACCUUCUCAAAGGAACUUCCAAAAACUCUGGGCCAUGGACUGUUUCCUAACCCCCUGGCUGUUGCCGCGGCGAUGGCAGCCGCUGCCUCCUCCAAUCAGCUGGCUCAGCUGCGUGCCCCUGGUCCCAUUUCUCACACUCAGAACUACCAUCCCCACCACCACCUCUUACAUGGCACACUACAAGGCACGCACCUCAGCCUCCUAAGGCCCGCCCCUGGGCCUAUGCGCACCACCCAUGGGCCAAUCCUCUUCUCCCCUUAUUGACGGUGAUGGGAUGGGGCUCUAUCAGGAAGGAGCACACUGUGAAGUAAACAGGGAAAACCAUUGAUAGAUAAUAAACAGAUGUUAAAACUUAAAUAUUUGAAAUUAGGAAAGACUAUGCCUUUUCCUCUCUACCCUUCUACCCUUUUUUGUUUAAUAAAUUCCAAAGCAAAGGAUGGACAGCUUGCAGACAUUUUAAAGAGGAAGGAUGCAUGACAGACUAAGAUGGACUUUCUGUCAAUGCUUUCCCUCCGUUAACCCUCCUCUAACCUUCCGUUAAAAAUAUUUGUACAGGUCAAACUUGUAUCCUGGCUGAGGGUGACUCAGUAGAAUGAGUGUUCUAUUUCCUCCACAUCUCUGCAUUUCUGGUUCAGUGAACUCCCACCCAAAGCCAUCUGCAAUAUACGUUGCAUACUGCAAAACCCUGUUGGGGUGUUCAAUAAUCCAAGUGCAGUACCUAUCUACAGGUGUAGGAUCUCAAUUUUAUCAACCUGUUGCAGAAAAUUUGUAGUGUAUUUGAGUCCUAAAAAGGCCUAUGGGGUUUGUAAUUUCCACUUUGAAAUGUCAGACUUGACUUUCCCUUAUUAAAAUGGAUCGACCCCCACAAAAAUGUCCAUUAAUUAUAAUCCACAUAAUAAUUCACAUUUCCUGUUGCUGCAGGAUUAUUUCCUGCUGUAGCAAACUGGAUAAAAUGAAGAUCCUACAUCUGUACCCCACUCUGUAGUUCCAGGUUCUAGAUUAGGUGCCUGCUCUGCAGAUCCAGGCACAAGGUACAUUGUACUGUAUGUUUCCAGGUUCUAGAUAUAUGUUCUAGUGUUGUGUUGAGGAUAAUAGAUGUUAGUCUAUAUAUCCUCUGUUGUCAGAUCAGGUGAGAGAGAGAGAGAAGUGAAGGAAGCAAGGAAGGAAUAGAGAAACCCCACUGUAACUCAAGGCAGAAAUGUGUACUGAAUGCACCAAGGUAGAGCUAAAUGUUUUUAAGAAAUCUGAAUAAGAUAUUUUAAGAAAUGUGAAUGAAUGCAAUGAAAAAUGAUAGACUUGUGAUAAACCAUUUAUUUAACUGUUGUUUUCUUAGCAUACCUCCUCUUUCAGUCUUAUUGUCUGUAAGAAGUCAGAGAGAAAGGGAGAGUGGGACAUGUUACGGACUGGAACUGUUGCGAGAAGUCAAUUGGUUCCUUUGAGCAUUCUUCCAGUUUCUGCCCUUGUCUUAUAUUUUUGUAUGGCUGGUGUCAAAGUGUCGUGUUUCUGUGUGUGUGCGUAUGUGUGUAUUCUGGAGAUAGGUAGAGAUAGAUAAAGCACGCAAUUAUGCCUCAAUGGUGACCCCUUUCAUUCAAACUGGAAACUACUCAGCGAGACAGCUAAUUUUAGAACCUUUACUCAAAACUUAAGUAUGUCUGCACAGUCCCAACAAAGUGUAGUAUUAGGGUGUUAAGGGAAUUGUUUCUACACAGUUAACAACAGGGGGAGGCUUAGGGAUAUCUUCUAGUGAGAACACAAGAGAGGUGGGUUUUCCCUUCCAGGAGUGAUUGCUGACCUGUGAUCCUAUACCCAGAUGGUAGCAUGUUGAGUGUGGUGUGAGUGAGAAACACUGUGAUGGAUGUUUGAAGUGAAGAAGUAGGACACGUUUGUUACAGUUCACAAAGGGGAAAUUAAUAUGAACCUGUAUUUUCUCUCACAUGCUCAUCACAAGCAGCGAUGUGAGUGAUAGUAGUAUAAUAUGAGAUAUCAAGCCAAAAUUUCCUCCAGGGUAAUGAAAUUAAUCAUAUAUUUCCACUUUAAGAGGAGACCGUUGUCCUAUUCUGCCUCAUGUACACUACCGGUCAAACGUUGUAGAACACCAACUAAUUUAAGAGAUUUUCUUUAUUUUUACUAUUUUCUACAUUCUACACCCUUUGCCUUGAUGACAGAUUUGCACACUCUUGGCAUUCUUGGCAGAUUUGCACACUCUCGGGGCGGCAGGUAGCCUAGUGGUUAGACCAUUGGGCCUAUAACUAAAAGGUUGCUAGAUCAAAUCCCUGAACUGACUUGGUAACAAUCUGUUGUUCUGCCCCUGAACAAGGCAGUUAACCCGCUAUUCCUUGGCCAUCAUUGUAAAUGAGAAUUUGUUCUUAACUGGCUUGUCAAGCUAAAUAAAAAAUGCAAUCCUCUCAAUCAGCUUUUCCAACAGUCUUGAAGGAGUUCCCACAUAUGCUGAGCACAUGUUGGCUGCUUUUCCUUCACUCUGUGGUGCGACUCAUUCCAAACCAUCUCAAUUUGGUUGAGAUCGGGGGAUUGUGAAGGCCAGGUCAUCUGAUGCAGCACUCCAUCACUCUCCUUCUUGGUCAAAUAGCCCUUACACAGCCUGAAGGUGUGUUGGGUCAUUGUCCUGUUGAAAACAAAUGAUAGUCCCAACAAAAGUCCAAACAUGAUGGGAUGGCGUAUCACUGUAGAAUACUGUGGUAGCCAUGCUGGUUAAGUGUGCCUUGAAUUCUAAAUAAAUCACAGACAGUGUCACCAGCAAAGCACCCCCACACCAUAGCACCUCCUCCUCCAUGCUUUACGGUGGGAAAUACACAUGCAGAGAUAAUCCGUUCACCCACACCGCGUCUCACAAAGACACAGCAGUUGGAACCAAAAAUCUCAAAUUUUGACUCCAGACCAAAGGACAAAUGUCCACUGCUAGUGUUUGUUGGCCCAAGAAAGUCUCUUCUUCUUAUGGUGUCCUUUAGUAGUUGUUUCUUUGCAGCAAUUUGACCAUGAAGGCCUGAUUCACACAAUCUCCUCUGAACAAUUUAUGUUGAGAUGUGUCUGUUUCUUGAACUCUGUGAAGCAUUUAUUUGGGCUGCAAUUUCUGAGGCUUAUUUCUAAUGAACUUAUGCUCUGCAGCAGAGGUAACUCUGGGUCUUCCAUUCCUGUGGCUGUCUUCAUGAGAGCCAGUUUCAUCAUAGCGCAUGAUGGUUUUUGCAACUGCACUUGAAGAAACUUUCAAAGUUCUUGAAAUGUUCCGUAUUGUCUUAAAAUAAUGAUGGACUGUCGUUUCGCUUUGCUUAUUUUAGCUGUUCUUGCCAUAAUAUGAACUUGGUCUUUUACCAAAUAGGGCUAUCUUCUGUAUACCACUCCUACCUUGUCACAACACAACUGAUUGGCUCGAACGCAUUUAAAAGGAAUGAAAUUCCACAAGUUAACUUUUAACAAGGCACACCUGUUAAUUUAAAUGCAUUCCACCUCACGAUGCUGGUUGAGAGAAUGCCAAGAGUGUGUAAAGCUGUCAUCAAGGCAAAGGGUGGCUAUUUAAAGAAUCUCACAUGUAAACAAAUCAAAAUAUAUUUGAACACUUUUUUGGUUACUACAUGAUUCCAUAUGUGUUAUUUCAUAGUUUUGAUGUCUUCACUAUUAUUCUACAAUGUAGAAAAUAGUUUUAAAAAAUUAAGAAAACCCCUUGAAUGAGUAGGUGUUCUAAAACUUUUGACCGGUAGUGUAUUCAUACCCAACCUCACACUAACCCAUACAGAUGGAGCCUGUUGCUCCUAUAAGCCACCAAACUAUUUUUUUUCUCAUACAGUAUUAGAAGGGUAAAGGACUGAGAAAUUGUAGCAAUACUUACAGCACUCCUGCUAACGACUCUUGUUCAUUGCAAUAAAUAAAUAAAUGAUGUGUACAAAUAUAUUAAAUGUUAUUUCGGAGAUAAUAUUGAAUCAUUAUAGACUGUUUUAGCGAUGUUGGCAAAAGAGCAUCCUUAUUGUUGAAUAAACAAACUGAAG